ACCGGCCGGGAGGUCUGCCCCGAGGGGAUCUACGGAGCCCAGGAGAUCCACGUCACCGGGGACGUCCUGCUGGCCUUCGAGCAGUACUACUGUGCCACGGAGGACCAGAAGCUGUUCAGGGAGGAUGGUGGCUGGAAGCUGGUGAGUGCUGUGGCUCAGUACUGGUGCAGCAGGAUGGUCUGGAGCGAGGAGGAGCAAUGCUACCACAUCAGAGGCGUCAUGCCCCCCGAUGAGUACCACCAGCAGGUUGACAACUCUGUCUACACCAACGCCGUGGCCCAGCGGAGCUUGAAUUUUGCCAUCGAUGUUGCUCGGGACUUGCUGAUCCCUGUGCCAGAGGAGUGGGUGGACUGCGCCAGGAAAAUCAAAGUGCCCUUUGAUGCAGAGAAGAAAUAUCACCCAGAGUACGACGGCUACAGCCCAGGUGAGCCUGUGAAACAAGCUGAUGUUGUCCUGCUUGGGUUCCCGCUGAUGCACCCCAUGAGUCCCGAAGUCCGGAGGAAUGACCUGGAGAUGUAUGAGCCGGUCACUGAGCUGGACGGGCCAGCCAUGACCUGGAGCAUGUUUGCAGUGGGCUGGCUGGAGCUAAAGGAGGUGCAAAGAGCCCAGACCCAGCUGAACAAGUGUUUCAGCAACAUCACAGAGCCCUUCAAGAUCUGGGUGGAGAACUCGGACGGGACGGGAGCUGUGAACUUCUUGACAGGGAUGGGUGGAUUCUUGCAAGCCAUCCUCUUUGGCUACACGGGGUUCAGGAUCACGAGGUCCAGGCUGCUCUUCAACCCUGCCUUUCCUGAUGACAUCCACAAGCUGCAAGUCGCUGGCGUCUCCUACCUCGGCAACAAACUGAAGUUCACCAUCACCAAAGAAGAGAUCAGGAUGGAGGUGACCGAGCGCCCCCGGGAGCCCCCGGCGCCUGCCCUGGAAGCUGUGCUGGAGGAGUCGGGGCAGCGCUUUCCCCUGCGUGAGGGGCAGAGCAUCUGCGUGCCCACGGCAGCCGGCCGGGUUUACAGGGAAACCCCCGGCUGA